UGGAGCGCUGAGGCGCUGAGCCCCGCCGGGCCGGGCCGGGCCGAGACGUGACGAUGUGGAUGCGACGGCUCCCGGGAAGCAGGUCAGGUUGCCCGCUCGGAAGCCAUGCUUGGAUUUUAAUAGCCAUGUUCCACCUAGCCAUGGACCUUGCCAGCUGCCAGCCCCCAGCCACCGGCGCUGCGGGGAGGCUCUCGCCACGGCCGGCGCUCCGGCACAGACUGUCCCGUGGCUCGCUGUGGGGCACGGGGAGCGGGGAGGAGCUGCAACGCCCCGGCCCCCCCUGGACCUGCGCCCCCGCUCCCCCACUGCAGAGACCCCGCUCCCGCCGGCCGCCCCCCGCCGCCCCCCUGCCCGCCGGCCGCCCCCUGCGCCGGCCGCGCUCCCGCCGGGGCCGCCGGCACCUGCGCGGCCGCGGCUUCGCCCCACGGGACGGGCGGCCCACGGCGCUGCCCGAGGUCAUCGUCUGGGGCCCCACGGGCGAGGAGGACUCCCUGGAGAGCAGCACGCUGCCCAGCGCCUUCGCCACCACAACCACCACCGCCGCCGCCACCACCGCCGCCACCACCGCCGCCGCUGCCACUUCUGUCACGGCUGCCACGCCGCCCCGCCUGCCUCCCAGCACCGCGGCUCCCGCACCCGCCGGGGACGUGCCCCGCAGCAGCCCCGGCCGCACCAGCACCGCCGAGCCGGCCGCCGGCCACAGCAGCGGAGGCAAGGACGCUCGCCCGCCCCGUGGGCUGGGAGACAGCACAGGUCUGGCAGUUCAUCAGAUAAUCACUAUUACAGUGUCCCUCAUCAUGGUCAUAGCUGCGCUGAUAACAACUCUUGUCUUAAAAAAUUGCUGCGCACAGAGCGGACGCCCGCGGCGCAACAGCCACCAACGCAAGCUGGACCAGCAGGAGGAGAGCUGCCAGAACCUGACUGACUUCGCCCCCGCCCGCGUGCCCAGCGCCCUCGACAUCUUCACCGCCUACAAUGAGACGCUGCAGUGCUCCCACGAGUGCGUCCGGACCCCCGUGCCCGUCUAUGCAGAGGACACGUUGCACUCGCCCGGGGAUUAUAAAACGACCUUCAAUGGAAACAGACCCUCUUCUUCUGACCGGCAUCUUAUUCCCGUGGCCUUUGUGUCUGAGAAAUGGUUUGAAAUCUCCUGCUGA